AUGAAGUUCUCUCCCAGCUCCCUCCUGCUCGGCCUCGGCGCAGCCGGCGCCAUGGCCCAGGCCGACGUGCAAGACGGGCCCUACGCCCUCAAGAUCGUCGACGCCGAGGACGCCUCGCUCAACGGCCUCUGGGUCGACGCCUGCCACAGCGGCGCCGCCAUCGACACCCCCUGCUUCAGCGCCGACGCCGCCGGCCGCGAGCUCUUCUACCACAACCACACCGCCACCGGCGAGGCCGGGCCCCUCAUCCGCUACUUCAACGUCGACACGGGCGGCGACACGCCCACGCGCGUGCCCCAGCCCCUGUCCCUGACCUACGUGCCCUCGACCAACGUCGCCAACGGCCUGCUCAGCGUCGGCAACACCGACCCCCUCAACGUCGCCUUCGACGCCGCCGGCAAGCUGUUCGUCCGCGACUACUACGACGACUCCAAGUUCGCCGCCGGCGAGCGCCCGCAGCCCGGCUCCUACGACCUGUACCACUGGCAGGUCUGCUGGAACCUGGCCUCGAGCUACUACUACCAGAGCCUGGCGUGGGUGACCUCCGGCAACCCGCACAACCCGACGUGUGUCGCCGUCAACGUCACUCGUGUCACGCCCGAGGACUAA